UCCUCUCGCCAGGCGUCCUCGUGGGAGUGACAUCGUCUUUAAACCCUGCGUGGCAAUCCCUGACGCACCGCCGCGAUGCCCAGGGAAGACAGGGCGACCUGGAAGUCCAACUACUUCCUUAAGAUCAUCCAACUUCCGGAUGGUUAUCCAAAAUGCUUCAUCGUGGGAGCAGACAAUGUGGGCUCCAAGCAGAUGCAGCAGAUCCGCAGGUCCCUCCGCGGGAAGGCAGUGGUGCUGAUGGGCAAGAACACCAUGAGGCGCAAGGCCAUCCGAGGACACCUGGAGAACAACCUGGCUCUGGAGAAACUGCUGCCUCACAUCCAGGGGAAUGUGGGCUUUGUGUUCACCAAGGAGGACCUCACUGAGAUCCGGGACAUGCUGCUGGCCAAUAAGGUGCCAGCUGCUGCCCGUGCUGGUGCCAUUGCCCCGUGUGAAGUCACUGUGCCAGCCCAGAACACUGGUCUCGGGCCAGAGAAGACCUCCUUCUUCCAGGCUCUGGGCAUCACCGCUAAAAUCUCCAGGGGCACCAUUGAAAUCCUGAGUGAUGUACAGCUGAUUAAGACUGGAGACAGAGUGGGAGCCAGCGCAGCCAUGCUGAACAUGCUGAACACCCCCUUCUCCUCUGGGCUGACCAUCCAGCAGGUGUUUGACAGUGGCAGCAUCUACAGCCCGGAAGUGCUUGACAUCACAGAGGAAACUCUGCAUUCCCGCUUCCUGGAGGGUGUCCGCAAUGUUGCCAGCGUAUGCCUUCACAUUGGUUACCCAACUGUUGCAUCAGUACCCCAUUCUAUCAUCAAUGGGUAUAAGCGAGUUCUGGCUUUGUCUGUGGAGACUGAUUACACCUUCCCACUUGCUGAAAAGGUCAAGGCCUUCUUGGCUGAUCCAUCUGCUUUUGUGGCUGCUGCCCCAGCCAAGGUUGAAGCAAAGGAAGAGUCGGAGGAGUCGGACGAGGAUAUGGGAUUUGGUCUCUUUGAUUAAUUACCAAAAAGCAACCAGCUCAGCCAAUUCUAUUUGAGAAACAAGGAAAUAAAACUUACUUAUCUUAAAAAAUAAUAAAUAAAUAAA